AUGAAAGAUCUUGGUGAUCUCAAGUACUUUCUAGGAAUUGAGAUUAUGAGGUCUAAGGCUGGAAUUUUGCUCAAUCAAAGGAAAUAUGUUUUUGAGUUAAUCUCAGACACUGGUCUGAGUGGUGCUAAACCAGUGACCACACAUUUGGAAGCAAACACCAAACUCACCACAAUGCAGUAUGAUAAACUGAUAGGACUCAAUGAUGAUCCUUUAUUCAAAGACAUAACAGGCUAUCAAAGAUUAGUUGGAAGACUGAUAUAUUUGACUAUCACCAGACCUGACAUCAGUUUUGUUGUGCAAGUGCUUUCACAGUUCAUGCAGCAGCCUAAAAUGUCACAUUGGGAAACAUCAUGA